GAAUCAGUUACAGGUCGCUUAGCUGGAGCGCAGUUGCGAGGACGGUCGCGGAUGCGGACAGAGGGUCGCACAUAUGCUCUCGCAGCGCCGGAUCUCUGAGGAUUACAGCCGCUGCAACAAAACAAAAAAAGGACCCUCGCUGCGCCUUUUGGAGCGAGCGCUUCACAGAGUGGAUGUACUAAAGGAAUACAAAGAGGGGAUUUACUGAAAGGAUACAACAUCCAUGAGCAUGGAUGGCCUAAAGACGUGGGUCGUCUUUGGGGGUUUCCUGGUGGUGCUGGUUUCAGUUACUUCCGGUCUGUCGCCGCCUACCAUCGUGUCCAACGAAGAAGAGUUCAUCCUCCGGCCCAGCUCCGUGUUCAACAUCAGCUGCACCGGUAAAAGAAACGUCGUUUGGGCCGAGCCGCUGCCGACAAACACCUUCGUGAUCCCGGGAUACUACACGGCGACGCUUUUCAUUUUCAACGCCACCGUAGAAAACACCAACUACUACAUGUGUACCUAUGAGUCAUUGGAGGGCGAACCGGAAGAAGACAAUGAGGCGGGAAUAUACGUCUUCGUCCCAGGUGAACAACCGUUUUUUUUUUAAAGAUGGCGCCGAUAGGCUCACCCGGAAGUUAGCAUCACACUGGUUCCCCUGAAAGUUUUGGAUUAUUGGAGUAAAUAAACUCCGUUUUUAAUUAAACACAGGUUUAGGAUAUUUACACGUUUUAUUCUGUAAAGAGCACCACUUUUUAUGGUUUUCCAAAAACAAA